GCCGGUGACCUCCAGCGACCGCCCGGCCGCCCGUCGGGGUGGAUUGACCGUGGGGCAGAGGAGCGCCGGGUUUGGGUGGCGACCGCGCGGUUAAUUUAUCCUCGAAGGGGAGGGCGAGUGCGUGCACUGAUCGCGGGUUCUUAUUCCUGCGGGGAAGACGUGAGGACAUUUACCCCAGGAGGGGGCGAGGUUGAGGGUAUUUAUUCCCGCAGGGAGGGAAGGGUGCGGGUAUUUAUUCAGAGGGGGACCCAGGGACUGCUAGGAUGAAGUUGAAGGAUAUAAGUCGCUGGAACACGCGGGUGUCAAUGGUCUACGCGAUUGGCAUAUGGACCCUGUUCGGUACCUACGCCUUCGUACAGAUGAAGAGCAAAAAAGAGAAGGCUGCGGGCGAGAUUUCUGCAGACCCUCAAAAUGAAGACCAAAUUACUGAGGAGCUGAAAAGGAAAACCAAGAGAGACUUUAUGGAGACUCGCGUUGUUGUCAAGGAAGAUUUUAUCCCCUUUUCAACCAGAAUCUACAACUAUGGAAAGUCUUUCUUUGAGACUUCGUCUGAUAGUUCAUCAGAAAAUUAGAAUUCGUAGGAGUGACUUGUUCCAGCAGCACUGUGCAACAUUGGUUCUUUGAUCUUCCUUGAUACGCCAAGGACUCUUCAUACCAUAUCUCAGUCUCUAGCCCUGAUAACCCAAAGUGUCAACAGUUCCUUUCCCUCCCACAGAUAACUGCUCAACCCGCUGAGUUCCUCCAGCAGACUGGUUGUCACCCUCAGUCUGUGAAGUUGCCUCACAAUGUGUAAACUUCAGUUGACCACUAGCUGUCCAUUAAAGGUGGACUUCUAUAAUAGUUGCUUUGUUAUCCUGGACAGAGGUACCCUGUUUUUCAUUACACUCAGGCGUCCAUUGUGCUGCUACUGUGCUAAUAUCUCCUGAACUGUGCCAUUGAGAGAACAAGGGUAUUUAGAGGUUGUCGCUGCAAACAUUUUCGCAUGAAGGUUUAAUUUUUAUUUUUGCAAAUAUUUAAUCAACCUCCAGAACAGCAUUUCAAAGAAUGAUAAAUACAAUUACAGUUUUAUGAGCUGAACUGUUAAGUGCCUGUUGAUAUGAGGUCAUUUCAUUAAAUUGCGACCUUGUCAAAUUAA